AUGGAUGAAAUAACUCCACUUCUCAGCCCAGUCACACCUGAUGAUACCAAUGACUUCGUAUCUGAGGCAUGUGAAAUCAUUCUUGUCGAAGGCUCCGAAACAAACGAAAAUGUCCGUUCAACCGCCAUCGACGAAUACCAUGAGAUGAUCAGGCGUACUGCCGAGGAUGAGGAUCAGAACAAGCUGGCGUUUGCCAGCCUCCCCUUCGACACCAAUUCCAAGCUAAACGGUAUCACCGAUGAACCCGAGCUCGAUAAACCCAAGCUUGUCGACACUAUGAUCACUCGCCUUCUCAAGAGCAGAGAUCAUCAAUUGCCACCCCUUCCUGAAAAUUUAGAGCAUCUCAUCUUAAGUGAAGCUGAGGGUCUUCAAGGACUCAGGAGGUACGCAGAAGGUAUCAAAGCAUGUUAUACAGAAGAAUGUGAGGAAGCUGGUGAACUCAAGCAUGAGUAUGCUUUGGGUGAGUGA